AUAUAGUAUCAUUUGACGGUUUACACUGUAGGUAGUCUACCAGACAACCAGGGAAAUGGUUUGUCCGUCUGAUAUUGUAGGCUAUAGCCUCCCUAUUCACGUGGUUAGACCGACCCUACAGUGGGUUCCAGUCUCUUCUCUUACAUUAGCAAGGUACUUUCGGAUUUAUCUGUAAUAUGGGAGGGAUGAUGCUGAGGUGAGCGCAGCUUGCAACCAGUUUGUCGGAGCUCCUCAUCAAUCGUCGGAUAGGAUAGUAACAUCACAUUUGCUCAAUGAGAGCAUAAGGACACGAGAGAGGAUACUGAAUUUCGACCUGGUGCGAUAACGUGCCGUUCUAUGUACCUCUAUAUAAGUGACGAGGAUGUCAUCCAGGUAGCAUUGCACUCCUGUCAAUCCACUCAAGAUCUGACUCAUCGCCCUCUGGAACAGCGCGGGUGCACUACCAAACGGUUGACGACAGUACCUGAAGAUCCGCUUGUGUGUCACGACGAGGCUAAUAUGAAGACAUCAAUGGGCAAGCCAGACCCUGGAAAGCUUCUGGAAUCCUCCCAUGUUGUUUGAAGCCUAAGGCAGGACCAUGCAUUGUGUCUGGUGAAAACCAGUCCACCCUCCUUCGACCAAACCAUUGAGAGUGAAGACACACACCACACACACACACACACACACACCACAGAGAUGGGUUUAGACCAGCCCUGCUUGGAUAUGGUGGUGCAAAGGCCCUUUCUGAGUGCAACAUGUAAUAGGCACCGCCACCAGAACCUGCGCAGAAAGAUGAGGCCCAUACGAAUCCUGGGUUUUGUAUUCAGCCUGGUAGCCAUAAGCGCUAUCUCAUUUUCCUUCAGUGCCUUGACCUGGAGCUCAGGGACCUACUCAGAGCCGCUCCUGCCCCAGGAGGCCAUCCUUCAGUCUGGCCCAACUCCACACAGGACUCUACUUUCCACACAUCACCAGAGGGACCCUAAUGUCUCAGCCGACAUUCCCGUGGCAAUGAGGUCUUCGGCAGACGGCAACGAGAGCCAAGGGGACUACCCCACGGACCUGUUCACCCUAGAAGAGAGGCGCCAGGGCGCUGUGGUGCUCCACAUGUUUGGGAUGCUGUACAUGUUCAUCUCUUUAGCCAUUGUUUGUGAUGAGUUCUUCGUGCCCGCUCUGACAGUCAUCACAGAGAAGCUGGCCAUCUCUGAUGAUGUGGCGGGGGCCACCUUCAUGGCGGCAGGCGGGUCGGCGCCAGAGCUCUUCACUUCAGUCAUUGGUGUAUUCAUCUCCCAUAGCAAUGUAGGCAUCGGGACCAUUGUGGGCUCAGCUGUCUUCAACAUUCUCUUUGUCAUUGGAAUGUGCGCCAUCUUCUCCAGGGAGAUCCUCAAUCUGACCUGGUGGCCCCUCUUCCGUGACGUCUCCUUCUACAUCAUGGACCUGAUCAUGCUCAUCUGUUUCUUCCUGGAUAACUACAUCUCCUAUUGGGAAAGUAUUGUGCUACUUUCAGCCUAUGCCGCGUAUGUGAUCUUUAUGAAGUUCAACAGCAACGUGGAGGGCUUCGUGAAAGGCUGCAUGAACAAGAAUCAAGUGGUGGAGGUGGAAGUGCAGCCCAAGGCUGUGAGUCCCGGGGCACCAGAGGAUGAGAGCAAGCUGUCGGCUAGGCCCCGGCUUCAGAGAGGUGGUAGCUCAGCCUCCCUGCACAACAGCCUGAUGAGAAACAGUAUCUUCCAGCUUAUGAUCCACACACUGGACCCUCUCAGUGAAGAAUUUGCUGAUUCUGGAAAAUUCAGAGAAAAGGCAUCCAUCCUUCAUAAGAUUGCCAAAAAGAAAUGCCAAGUAGAGGACAGCGAGAGGGCUAAUGGAGUAGCCAGCCGGUCAGAUAAAAAUCUUCCAAACAGCUCAAAUGUUGAGGUGGAAGUCACACCACCAAUGAAUGGCACUGCAGGACAAGAAGGGGAAGCUCCGGCUGAGGAUGAGGAGGAUGAGGACCAGCCUCUGAGCCUGUCCUGGCCAGAUACCAUGCGCAAGCGUUUCACCUACCUCAUCAUCAUGCCCAUCGUCUUCCCUCUGUGGCUAACACUGCCUGAUGUCAGGAAACCAACUGCAAAGAAGUUCUUUCCCAUCUCAUUUCUGGGUUCUAUUUGUUGGAUUGCUGGAUUCUCGUACUUAAUGGUGUGGUGGGCUCACCAGGUUGGAGAGACUAUUGGGAUUACAGAAGAGAUUAUGGGCUUGACUAUAUUAGCAGCUGGUACCUCCAUACCUGACCUAAUCACCAGUGUCAUUGUUGCACGGAAGGGGCUGGGGGACAUGGCCGUGUCCAGCUCUGUGGGCUCCAACAUCUUUGACAUCACUGUUGGCCUGCCGUUCCCAUGGCUCCUCUGGUCCAUUAUCAACAACAUGCGGCCUGUGGCAGUGAGCUCUAAUGGGCUGUUCUGCGCCAUUGUGCUGCUCUUUCUCAUGCUCAUCUUCGUCAUCAUCUCGAUUGCUGCCUGCAAGUGGCGGAUGAGCAAGCUGCUGGGCUUCAUCAUGUUCGUGCUAUACUUAGUUUUUCUGGUGGUCAGCGUUAUGCUGGAAGACAAAAUCAUCGCCUGCCCUAUAUCCAUCUGAGACCCCUUAUUAUUAUUUUGGGGCGGGGGGUGGGGGUUGUAGAUGACCGGGGGAUGUCGUUUUUUGGGAUGUGGGGGUGUAUUAGCCAGGUAGAGGAGCAACUAUGCCGUCUUAUGCAUGUCACUUGUUUUACUAGAUCAGUGGACUACUCAGUAGAUUGAGGAGGCUGAAGGAAGUACACAAGAGACUUCUGACAAAGCUAUGGUGGCUGAGCCUGGCAUGAAACACCAGAGGUGCAACAAUAAUGUUUUCUGCUUCAGGACAGAUUGUGAGAAACCUUUUUUGAAUAAGACUUUGGAUGGCACUCUUUAACUGGUUUCACUGACUGACCGGAUGACUUCACUCGACUUGUCACUCCAGUGUUGUAUAGUGAGUUUGAUGAUGAUGAAGUGAUGUUGCUGAUUCUCCACACAAUGAGUGGAUUCACAUAAGACUAAAAUGUGGUUUGGAGCCAUGAUUAUCUCCUCUCUUGUGUACUUAGUGACAGAGCAUCAAAAUACGAAGCAGUCCAAGCAGUUUUGAAUUUCAGAGCUGGAGAUAGGAACUGAUUUUUGCAAAUUUAUCUUUUGCUUUGUCCAAAAGACUGAAGUUCAAAUAUUCCAUCUCCCCUUCUGGAUGUCUCACCAUGUCUGUUCAGAAGAUUCAUGUAUUAUUUUUGGAUUGACAUACUAGCUCUAAUUACUAAAAUAGUAGUAGCCCAGUUGUACUGUAGCAGUAACAUGUACUCUAGGUGUUGGAUCUUGCCUCUUCCUGGGUCUUGAUAGGCCUACUUAUGAUCUUAUCCACUUCUCCACCUGCCAUUGGACAUAAGAGUUCAUAUUGUACAGAGCUUGCCAUGCUUCACACACCAAUUGGAAAGCUAAACUCUACUGGAAAUGUUUAACCCAAUUCAAUCAAUUGCAGACAAAUGAAAAAACGUAACAUAAUUGACUCAAUGUUUAAGCUGCAAUAUAGAAAGACUACAGACAAUGAAAAAUUGAGAUAAGCGAAUGAAACUGAUACUUUUGAAUGAAUAAUUCUUUCAGAUCUCAAGUUGGAAUAACGCCAAGAGAUUUGGGUUGUGUCCAUUUUCAAACAUUUAACAACUGAAAAACAGUGUAAAGAUUCUGAGUGAAACCACAGGGUAGAUUUUUUUAAAUCUGCACUUGAUUGAAUUGGCCUUAUCUGCAGCCUCUCAAAAUAUAUAUUAGCUUCCAAUAUUCUUCACUCUGAAUAAGCAAAGCAUGUGUAGACUCCGAUAGGACACUCAUAACCCAUAUGUAAAGUCAAAAUAUGGUAGUAGAUAAGAUAACUGGCACUCGAUGUUUGAAAUAGUCAUAAAAUGCUAUACUUAGAUUACUGAAUGUUUAGCACACUCUUGAAAUUAAGACUUUAAUAUGCAGCCUCCUAGAGAAGUUUAUAGGAGCAGUAAAAUGCAUGAUACAUUUUCUUGUUAUACCUGCCAGAAUUAUCACUACCCAAAAAAAGUAUGAAUUCUCAAAUAUUUAACAUGUCAAUAUUUAUUUGAUGCAAGAGUGUUAGGCUUCUAUGUACAAAAUUACAACAAUAUGUAUGGUUAAUGUCUAUCAACCUUGUGCAAUUUAUUUUCAAUUGAAGGGUGCUUUUGUCUGCAUGUGGGAAGUCUGUAUACUCUGCCAUCAUAAAAAUUGACAUUUGAUUAACAAAAAGGUAUACAGUAAUAACAAAUGAAUGGAGGUUACCAGUAUUUUGCAGCAAAUGGAACCUUAUUAUUAUAGAAAUCUAGAAUUAUCUAUAUAGUUAGCAAAUCUCAUGCAGUCAUUUUCACAGUCACACAUAAACCACAGUACAUGGAACAUUGACAUCACAAAACUAACAGCAAUAUACUGUAUACUGUAUGUGUCAGGGUUGGGGUCAAUUCUAAUCAAUGACCGUCAGGGUUGUACAUGUGUGCUUUCUGCUAGGAGUGUUACCAUAGGACCACACAGUCCAAUUCAAUUCCAGAAUUGUAUUGGCCACACUCCACAGGAAGAAGAAUUUGAAUUGAAUUAAGUGGAAUUUAAUUGAAUAAAAUUCUAUGAAAUUCAAAUGGAAAUGUAAUUUCAUUAAAUCCAGAAAUUCAGAAUCGGCCCAAACCCUGUUAUGUGUCAUUAAUAAUUGCAUUUCCAUCCAUUUGACUGCUGUACUUGUCGUGACCUCUAUACCUAUACAUUUAGAAGAUUUCUCCUGAAAUCCUCCAAAAUGUCUCCAUGUGGCUCACUUUCAGACAUCUAAACUGUCCCGACACACCUGCAUUACCUCAGUUCUCUCUCUGUAUAUUAGCAAGAAUUUACUGUAAAAUAUGAAUAACUAAAUAAUGUGAAUGUAUGAGGAAAAAUGCAUGUGAUGAAUUUGGGCUGGUUACCCAGGGGCGGCACACAUUAAAUGGAAUUAUGUACUGUACGUUAACCUUAUGCAUAACGCAAAAAUAAGAAAAUACAUAGAAAAUACAUGUAAAUAGAAAAUAUGCCUUUAUAAGAUUCCUUACUUGAACCAAUCUAGAACAAAACUCCUUGGUUCAGGUUUGUAUUGUGUUAAAAAGGAGUAUUUAAUGUUUCAGUGGUAAGAAAACCUUUAUCUUUCAGAAUAUUGAUAUAGUAAGCUUAUUAUCAUAGUAUUUUUUAAAAACAAUCAAAUAUGAAGUCACCCUCACACUUCAAGGAUUCACUAAUAUCAUUAUUGAUUGGUUGGAUACUUCACCUGUGUGUACACCACGUUUGUGUAUUGUUUUGCUGGUAUAAAAAAUUAGGGCUUUAGAUACCACAUUGCCUCCUGAUAUUUAUUUGUCUAUUACCACUACUAUUUAUACCACUACUAUUACCACUAUUAUGAUUUUUUUCCUUUUACCUCUACCUGUCUUUAAAGUGUAGGUGCACGCACGCACGCACACACAUGAAAACAUAAGUUAGAAAGCUAAGACAAGUUGUGAGCAUCCCCUCAUUCACAUUCAGAUAAUAAGAUAACAGAUGUUUUCCACACACACCUUUUUUUUUUAAAUCUUCGCUAUAUAGUGCCCAUUGCCUUAUCCUGUAGUACGAUCCAGAGAAAAGGAGAACUGUGUUUGUGUGGCUAAAAUACAGUACAUGAAUGUGUCAGGCAUAUUCUGUCAUUGAAUCCCUCCCACCCACACUCUCAUUAGUCUUACCUCACCAAACCACUUGUUCUUACCCUUUUUCUCUUAGGUGGGCGUUGAUUUCAUGAGAUCACACUUCCCCAACCUUGUGAAACUGCCAUUUCAUAGUGCACUUGUACUUUUCAUUCAGCCUCACCUUUCCAGAUUCCCUCAGUGACAUGUAUGUCUGGUGUCAAAGGUACUGUCAAAUAAUAUCGUAUGAGCAGAGGCACUGUUUCCAAAGUUACAUGGUAUAUUGUGUGCAAGCAUGAAUGCAAAAAAUGCAAAACAACCAGUUUAGCAUGUGACUGACAUUGAUUGCAGAUUAUAGGGUAUGAGUCAACCACUAAUACACAUUUUUUGCACUGUAAAUGUUUUUAUUUUAUUGGUGUUAAUGUAAGAUUUAUUUAAGGUGUACAUAUAUACAGACAAUUAACCAUAUAAUCUAGAUGUGUAAAACUACUAUGUAAAACACAAAGUAUCUAAUACAAUGAAUAAAGGUAACAAGGAAAUUAUUCAAACUUGAAGUUUUGUUUUAUUUUCCAUUAUGUUAAAGCUGCCGUCUGGGAUUAGAAAAACAACAAAACUGCCACCCUGCCACUUGUUUUGGUAAACAGCUGAGGGAUGGGGCUGCAUAAAUAUAACCACUCAAAGUUCAUAAAUGGGUCCCUAGAGAUGGUCUGGUAGUUAAGGCAUACGGCAUAUGACAGGUCCCCCUGCGCAUCCCGGAGCAUGUGACAAAGUCAAUGGUACAAAGCCAAAGAUAUUGAUCUGUUUUAAGCAAUCAAUCUUAUGUCAUCGUGCUGACUAUAAACUUUUAUACUAACAUCACCAAUCUGAGGUAAAAGGAUGUGUAAUUCCACCUAAUGUUACUGAAUUGAAUUGAUUUUAUUUUGGGGAACAGACAUACAACAACAUGUACAUUGUGGACCCAGAGGAUAUCACUUAAAUGCAUUCAUUAAAUCACUUGUUUCCAAAGUGGUCCUCUAUGGUAAAACAAUAACACAUAUAGUGGCAAGAAAAAGUAUGUGAACCCUUUGGAAUUAUCUGUAUUUCUGAAAAAAUUGGUCACACAAUUUGAUCUGAUCUUCAUCAACAACAAACAAACACACUCCGCUUCAACUAAUGACACACACAUUAUUGUAAUUUUCUUGUCUAAAUUGAAUACAUAAUUUAAACA